AUGGCCGGUUUAUUUCGAAAAGUAUAUGACUGGCUGCUCAAGACCUUUUGGGCGACGCAGAUGGACGUCACAAUGAUCGGGUUGCAAAAUGCUGGCAAGACAUCCCUGCUGCGUGUAUUAGCGGGGGGCGAAUUCACUAUCGACUCGAUUCCGACUGUCGGGUUCAACAUGAAGCGAGUGCAACGAGGUCACGUCACGUUGAAAUGUUGGGACAUUGGUGGGCAGCCUCGUUUUCGGACAAUGUGGGAGAGGUAUUGCCGCGGCGUGAACGCCAUCGUUUUCAUCGUCGAUAUAGCGGACCUGAAUGUUCUCCAGCAGGCCCGAGACGAGCUCCACGCGUUGAUGGCACAGAGUUCCCUAAACGGCAUCCCGCUCCUGGUGCUAGGCAACAAGUCGGAUUUGCCGGAGAAACUCUCAGUGGAUGAGUUGAUCGAUGCUCUGGAUCUGAAAUCAAUCGGUCAUAGGGAGGUGUGCUGUUACGGCAUCAGUGCCAAAGAGGAAACGAACCUAGAAGCCGUGAUUCAGUGGCUUAUGAAGUGGGCAAACAGAUGA